AAAAAAAAAGAAGAGAGACGGAGUAAGAAUUGUAAAGGGAGUGUUGGUUCAUUGGUUCUUUUCUUGAAUUUUCUUUUCUUUACUCUUUCUGAGUUUCUUCCCCCAUUUCGCCUUCUGCAACACGUCUUUAACCAAUUUCUUCCCAGAGCUCAUCAUCAUCAUAACAACUCCUCGUUUAAUAAUAUUACGGAGUACUGUUGAAGCGAAGAAGAAGCGUCUCAUCUGCUCUACUGUCUUCCUCCUCUUCACCUCUUCCGAUGGCGUCCGGCGGUCACCAGAAUGUCAACGCAAAACUCGUAUUGUUGGGUGACAUGGGAGCUGGAAAAUCAAGCCUUGUGUUACGGUUCGUCAAGGGUCAAUUUCUCGAAUUUCAGGAAUCGACAAUCGGAGCGGCUUUCUUCUCGUCUACCGUGUCGGUGGACAACACCACAGUGAAGUUCGAGAUCUGGGACACAGCCGGCCAGGAGAGAUACCACAGCCUGGCCCCGAUGUACUACAGAGGUGCCGCUGCUGCAAUUAUUGUCUUUGACAUUACUAGCUCGGAUUCCUUCGAACGUGCAAAGAAGUGGGUCCAGGAAUUGCAGAAGCAAGGUAAUCCAAACUUGGUUAUGGCACUUACGGGAAACAAAGCUGAUCUUGAAGAUAAGAGGAAGGUCACUUCAGAAGUGGCAAAGGUAUAUGCUGAGGAAAAUGGUCUUUUCUUUAAGGAAACUUCUGCAAAAACUGCUCUCAAUGUCAAUGAUGUUUUCCGUGAAAUAGCUAAACGAUUGCCUAGAGCUCAAACUGCCCAAAAUCCAUCGGGGAUGGUUCUUGUAGACAGACCAGCAGAAGGAACUCGUUCAGCGUCAUGCUGUGCGUAGGCACUGUCCUCUUUCAUCGUUGCAUAUUCCGAUUGAACCACCGCUGCCACCCCCUCUACUUUUCUUCUUUUUAUAGAAUUUACAUUUAGGGUACAUGUGUAUGACUUACUGCAGUGUCUGAUAGAGUUGGGUGCACAGAUCCAUAGGUUCUUCAAUGUUGUGUAGUAAUACUUUUGUGUCAUUUUUGUUGUUUUGAACUUAUUCACGAACGUUGUUUUCCAUGUAUUUGAAUAAUUGACAAAUAAGCAAUUAAGCAUGCAUACUUAUCACAUUGACAACAUCUGCCGGCGAGUAUUGGGCCAUAGUCAAUUAUCUUUGGAAAGUCUUGCGCACAAGAUACGUAAAUAAUUCUAUAGUCAUAAG